CUAAAAACAAAACAAAGGCCUCCGAGAUAUGGCCAUGUCCAAUUUGUACGCGAAAAUUUCAACGAAACCAGUAGGCAAACGAAUCGAAAAUAUGUCCGUGUCCCAAACUAACGCCUGGAUGAACGCAGAAACUCUCAACAAUGGCUCACUCAGCCUCUCACCGCCCGCUUCGAAUCAACAAGCAGGACACUCACAUCCUCACUCAAUUUCACAGAAAGAUACCGGAGGACUGCUACAGGUGAUGCAGCCAGCAAGUAAUCCAGGCUCACCACCACCCAGUCCACCAUUGGUUUCACCAGUAGGCCACUGCGGUACGCUAGACCCCAACUGGCAAGCUUUGAAACCCACAGUCAGAGAAAGGAAUGCUGCCAUGUUCAAUAAUGAUCUUAUGGCCGACAUAAAGUUUAUUGUUGGUCUUCCUGGUUCCACUCAAAUCAUUCCAGCGCACAAAUAUGUCCUCGCUACAGGCAGUUCAGUAUUCUAUGCCAUGUUUUAUGGUGGUCUUGCAGAAUGCAAAGAAGAAAUUAUAGUUCCAGAUGUUGAACCAUCGGCAUUUUUGAUAUUGCUCAAGUAUCUGUAUUGCGAUGAAAUCCAUCUUGAAGCAGAUACAGUUCUUGCUACUCUUUAUGUAGCCAAAAAAUACAUAGUACCCCAUUUGGCACGUGCCUGUGUCAACUAUUUGGAAACCAGUCUAACAGCCAAAAAUGCUUGCCUCCUUCUAAGCCAGUCCAGACUUUUCGAAGAACCAGAACUAAUGCAGCGCUGUUGGGAAGUUAUAGACGCUCAGGCGGAAAUGGCUCUGAAAUCUGAAGGAUUCGUCGAUAUAGAUAUGUCGACAUUAGAGUCAGUUUUGGGCCGUGAAACACUCAACUGCAAAGAAAUGAAUUUAUUGGAAGCAGCACUAAACUGGGCCGGGGCUGAAUGUUACAGAAGGGAAAUCGAACCAACGCCACAAAACAAACGUGCCGUACUAGGCAACGCCUUAUACUUAAUCAGAAUCCCAACUAUGGCUUUAGAGGAAUUUGCCAAUGGGGCAGCUCAAAAGGGGAUUUUGACCCAACAAGAAACCAUUGACAUAUUUUUUCAUUUUACAGCAAAUAAUAAACCAAGUUUGCAGUAUCCCAUCAAAUCAAGGACUGGAUUGAAGAGUCAGGUUUGUCACCGAUUCCAAUCUUGCGCUUACCGUUCAAACCAAUGGCGUUAUAGAGGACGAUGUGACAGUAUACAAUUUUCAGUUGACAGAAGAAUCUUUGUGGUAGGAUUUGGACUGUAUGGUUCUUCAAACGGAGCAGCGGACUACAGUGUUAAAAUCGAACUGAAACGACAAGGCAGGGUUUUGGCUGAGAACAAUACGAAGUUUUUCUCGGAUGGAUCUAGCAAUACUUUCCAUGUGUAUUUUGACAAUCCUAUACAGGUCGAACCUGAAACAUUCUACACAGCAUCUGCAGUAUUAGAUGGUGGAGAACUGAGCUAUUUCGGACAAGAAGGCAUGAGUGAAGUGACCGUCGGUCAAGUUACAUUCCAAUUUCAAUGUUCCUCCGAAAGUACCAACGGUACCGGGGUGCAAGGCGGCCAAAUUCCCGAAUUGAUAUUUUACGGGCCGGCGCACGAGGAACACUGAGGCCGGUUCGCGUGUUUAGAAUGAUAACAAGGCCUUAGAUUUCAUUAAGUGGAUCUCAAAAAUGUAGUUUGCAAAAAUGAAUAUAUGAAAAUUUGCCAGUAGGGCUAUCAUUCUAAAUACAGUGUCAUACUGCAAUCGAAUUCCUAUAAUUAUUUUUAUUAUUUAUUUAUUUAUUUAUUUCUACAUUAUUCACUCUUAUUAUUUAUGAUAGUGACUUCCAGUUUAGUGUCCCCUGCUUGAUUUUAAAGACUGUGUUUGAUACAAUAUUUGGAACUUUUAAUUUUAAUUUUUAUUUGAUUUUAUAGGUUUAGUAUAGCAACACCAAAAAUAUUAUUGUACAAUAAUUAUUAUUAUUGAUUGCUUGCAUUU